GUCCCCCUUCCGGUUUGGACCGGUUACUGCGGCGGAUGUUGAUGUUUUGUUUCUUGCUGAACGAUGUGAACUGUUUCGUUUCGGGACGGGCUGUUGUUUCUGUGGUUGUAUUCACGGUUCGCCUUGUACUUUUUUCUCGGUUAAGUUUCUCUGUCCGUCGGCAUCGUGUCUCUCCCGGUGUCUCUCCCGGGAAGCGCGAGGCCGAGUCGUGCGAUGAUGGAGGAUUUUGAUGAAAUCUACGAAGAGGAGGAGGAGGAAGAGGAGGACGAGGACAGGGCCGCGGAGGAGCAGCUCCUCAAGUAUGCUCCGGACCCGGUGGUGGUGCGAGGGUCCGGCCACGUCACUGUAUUUGGUCUAAGUAACAAAUUUGAGUCAGAAUUUCCUUCAGCACUUACAGGAAAGGUGGCACCAGAGGAAUUCAAAGCCAGUAUCAACCGAGUAAACAGCUGUCUGAAGAAGACACUGCCAGUGAAUGUGCGGUGGCUCCUGUGUGGCUGCCUCUGCUGCUGUUGCACAUUAGGCUUCAGUUUGUGGCCUGUCAUCUGCCUCAGCAAAAGGACAAGAAGAUCUUUAGAGAAGCUUCUGGAGUGGGAGAACAGCAGACUUUACCACAAGUUGUGUUUGCAUUGGAGACUAAGCAAAAGGAAGUGUGAAACCAAUAACAUGAUGGAAUAUGUAAUCCUAAUAGAGUUCUUACCUAAGAUCCCCAUCUUCAGACCAGACUAACCGGAGUGCAGCUGAUCCUAAAAUCUCCACUGCUGCCCACAACGGCUGUCAAGCUCCUGUAUAAUUUACCCAUCCCCCAAAUACUCCAAUAUUUUUGUUUACAGGGUAGCAUUGAUCCUCCCCAGUCCCGCAACAUAUACUUCCUCUACACCCUUGUUUACAAAUCCAAUUCCCCAUUGAACCAUAAGCUAUCGGGUAAGCUGGCUCACUGUGUGGCCAUGCGAACCACCAGCAGCCUGUGGGAUGAGGAGGGAAAACCAGCCAAGGGCAGCGUUAUGGACUUCGAAACUAGAGACAGAGACGGGACUCUGAAACUCAAGUUCUAUGAGCUACAACUGGAAUUGUGUCACUUGUUUGUUCCCUUACCUAAGCACAUGGCACAAUCAGACCAUGAUGAAACAAACACUUUCACAUGUUACCGCCAACCUCACCUGCAAAAAAAAUCACACCCCAGUGCUAUUGUAACAGCCGGUUUGGAGCUCUGGAUCAUUACCAGAGGCUGGGGGAGGCAACAUUACAUGGAACUCCAAAGGAACCUUCUUCCCAAUCCAGCCGACAGUUGAGUCACACAGGAACAUGUUGGAACAGCUGAACUCAAUAAUGUCACUAUCCUUAUUACUACCAGACAUCCUUACGCUCUUGCCUCCUUUCAUAUCUCUGCACACUUCACUGUGCAUCACCCAGUGACAAUCACACACUCUGACUGUAUUCUACACAGUAUGAAUGGGUCUUUAUGCUUCACAGAUUACCUUGAACAGUUUGUUUUCAACGUUAUGUGUGUCCAGAUGAUGGCUGAUGGCUGCCUCGCUUCUGAGUCACAGUGGAAAAAGUAAAAAGAAGGCCAAGAGAAGAAACCUUUUUCUUAUUUCUUUGAGUAAUUUUAUUUUGUUUUGGUGAAAGAGGGCAGUCGAUGCUUGUUCACCAUGCAUUUGCGCAAUGUGUGUGUGUGUGUGCGUGUCCAAGAGACAAACAAGCAAAAAGAAAAAGAAAAGACAAAUCAGAAAAGAGAGAAACAUCUUUACUCUGUAAAGCAGGGUGCCAUAACCAGUCUUUUUUAGUUAUUUAUAAAUGAACGAGUACACAAAUGUGCAUUCACUUUUUUCUUUUAUUUGUUUUUUGUGAAGAUGCGCCAUUGUUUGAUUCCUGACUGUCACAGUGGGGAAAACACUAAAGCACACAAUCGCUUUGUCCUUAACUGUCACAUGGCCUGUCCUUAUCUGAAGACCUUGGAUGACUCAUGGGUCACAGAGUUUAAAACGUGUCCCUUGUGGUUAUUAUAAUCUGACUCAUAGCGUUCAAAGGUCUGGGUGACCAAACAUGCUAGGUCCUUUUAAUUAGGUGUUGGAUAAUAUCAGGGUUCUAUAUCAUGAAGCAGGAUUACUGAAGUUAGUGUGAUAGCUGCAUUAAAACACCUGAACUGAUCCCAAAUCAGGAAUGUAGGUUCCAAAUGACAGUGAUACAUAUUUUAAUAUUAACAAUAACGAUUGACUGCUUGGAAGGGGUUUCUCUUGAGGUUGAUUAUCAAGGUGUUGUAACCUAAACAUCUGAACCUCUGAGUGUCCUUCAGCCCAUUGUUUUGGUUAUCUGGCCUGCAGGAUUACUGUUUUGGUUCAGUGUUACCUGUCCUAUAGAGUAUCAGAUGGCUCAUUUAUGACUUAAAAUAAAUCACAAGAUGUGCUGUAUCUACUGGAUGUGUAAACAGGCAACUGUUGGCCACAUAUACUCAACAAGGUGCAAAAGAGGACAUGGUCAGGUUCGAUUUAGGACCAGUUAUCUCACUUAAGAUGCUAUGGAUAACAUUAGGAAGCAUAUUUACUUUUAACAAAACAACCAUUCGGCAUCAAGUCAGUUUAAAAAAAACUCAAAACAUGUCAAGAAUGAGACAUUCUUACUCUGCACACCUUGACUCAAAAAUGAAACAAAAAUCUAGAUAGUAAGAUGAAGAUUGGACUAAGUCUCUUGUGUUUGGUCACUCGGCUCUAGUGAUAUUAAGGGUCACACUCAGGGGUUUGUACUAGAUAAACAACAAAUGUAGCAUUGAAAAAACACAGUCAGGUUAUAUUAAAAGUUAAGCCAAGGGGUUGAGUACACCACACAGAUCACACAUUCCUUGACAAACUUUAGAAUAAUGCGUUUAGAAUUGGUUUUGAAACUGAUUAAUGUCCUCUAGAAAAAGAUAAGCAACUAUUUUAUUGUCCUCCCAUAAAGAGCAGAGGAAGCACACACACACACUCCACAGAUCCACAAAGCUCAGACAUUUUGUUGGUUUAUAUGUUAUAAGACUCAAAGUCACUUGAUUACCACUGGGUUGCCUAAUUAUUGGUUCAUCAGUUAGUUUUCUAUACUUUUUGGUUUAGGUCUGUUCUGUGUAAAUCAAGGCAUAAGGCCAUAUGCAGAUAUUUGUGUGUGUGUGUGCGUGCGAGAGAGAGGUGUGAGUGAAUGUGCAUGGUGUAUGCGGAUGCAAAUGUUCUUUGUAGAUCUCAGACUGUGAUUGAACCCUGCACAGAAAAUGAGUCCUUUUAUAUAAUCUGGAGUGUUUUGUGUGUUUGUGUGUGAGCGAGAAAGAUAUAAUAUGUACAUAUGACUCGCAGGUGUAUGUACAGUAAUAAACUACCAAUAAACAAGGCUAUGGGCAUCCUCCUCUGUAA